GUGCGCCCGGGGAGCCGACAUGGCCGUCCUUGGAGUGCAGCUGGUGGUGACUCUGUUCACCGCCACCCUCAUGCACAGGCUAGCGCCACACUGCUCCUUCGCACGCUGGCUGCUCUGCAAUGGCAGUCUGUUCCGGUACAUACACCCGUCAGAGGAGGAACUUCGGGCACUGUCGGGGAAACUGAGACCCCGGGGCAGGAAGGAGCGGUGGGCAAAUGGCCUUCAUGACGAGAAGCCAUUGUCAGUGCCUCGAGAUGCCCAUUUCCAGCUGCAGACCUGUCCCCUCACUGCUGUGGAUGCCUUAGUCCUGCGCUUCUUUCUGGAAUACCAGUGGUUCAUCGACUUCGCAGUGUACUCCGUUGGUGUGUACCUCUUCACAGAGGCCUACUAUUUUGUGCUGGACCCAGUCCAGGAGACCAACAUCGCUGUGUUCUGGUGCCUGCUCACUCUGGCCUUCUCUCUGAAGGUGUUCCUCAUGGUGACCCGGCUGUACUUCAGUACCAAGGAGGGCGGUGAGCGCUCCGUGUGUCUCUCCUUUGCCUUCCUCUUCCUCCUCUUGGCCAUGCUGGUGCAGGUGGUGCGGGAGGAGACCCUGGAGCUGGGCCUGGAGCCAGGCCUAGCCAGCAUGACCCAGCACCUGGAGCCUAUUCUGAAGAAGCAGGACUGGGACUGGACACUCCCUGUGGUCAAGCUGGCCGUCCGCCUUGGGCUGGCAGUGCUGGGCUCCCUGCUGGGCGCUUUCCUCAUUUUCCCUGGCCUGAGGCUGGCCCAGACCCACCAGGAUGCGCUGACCCUGUCUGCGGACCGACCACUGCUUCAGCUGCUCCUACACACCAGCUUCCUGUCACCCCUGUGCACCUUGUGGCUCUGGACAAAGCCUGUCGCCCGGGACUUCCUGUACCAGACACUCACAAGGAACAUGACCUUCUCUGCACCAUCAGAAGGGACUUUCGACUCUCUGCGCCUCUGGGUGCUGGUGGCGCUGUGCCUAUUGCGGCUGGCAGUGACCAGGCCACAUCUGCAGGCCUACCUGUGCCUGGCCAAGGCUCGAGUGGAGCAGCUGCGCAAGGAGGCUGGCCGUAUUGAGGCCCGCGAAAUCCAGCAGCGGGUGGUCCGGGUCUACUGCUACGUGACCGUGGUGAGCCUGCAGUACCUGACGCCACUCAUCCUCACUCUGCACUGCACACUGCUGCUCAAGACUUUGGGCGGCUACUCUUGGGCCCUGAGCUCUCCUCCUCCCCCACUGGGCCCAGCCCAGCCCUCAGAAGCUUUGAUCCCUGUAGACCCUGCCGGAGAUGAGGCCCAGCAGACUGUGGCUCAGGUUGCAGGGAUCCUGGGUGGCCUGCUCACGCCCCUCUUCCUCCGAGGCAUGCUGGCUUACAUCAUCUGGUGGACAGCUGCCUGCCAGCUGCUCUCCAGCCUCUUCGGCCUCUAUUUCCACCAGCACCUGACAGCCUCUUAGCAGGAAGGCAUUAGGCUCUAGUGUCUGAUUCCUGCCCACCAGGAUUGGGACUGUCCCGUGUGUGUGCCUUGGUGCCCCUAGAUGACCUAAGGGUUGCUCUGGGGACUCCCUACCAUCUCUCUCACUUCAGUGCCUAGAUCAUAAACCCCUUGAAGCAGUCUCCUCUGGGCCAUGGUCCCCAAGUGUGUGUGUGUGUGGGGGGGCACUUUUUACAGAAAUAGCCCAGAGACUGGGGGGAUGAGCAGGGGAGACCUGGAUAGUGAGAGGGGCCUGGGGGAGUAGAAACCUGCCGAUCAGAGAUGACGAGGAGAGCUAGGGGUGGGACUCUGGCCCAGCAUCCAUACAGCCCUGGCACGUCAGUAUCACCAGGAAGGAAAGAUAAGAGUCUCCAUGCCUGUCUCCCCAGCACACUUGGGAAGCUGAGGUAAGAGGGGUAGCCUAGAUUAGUAACAAGACUAUGU